GUGGAAAUAAUGGAAAGAUCAUGUCGCUUACUGAAAACUCUUUAUUCAUUUGGAUUUGAAAAUGAACAACGAUGCAGCGGCAAUUCAAAAUUGGGGAAGAAACAAAUUGAUCGAGAGAUUUGGGGGAGAUUAAACGCGAUGCCAACAUCGCGUUCUCUCUAGGGUUUCGUCUAUAGUUUUACUCCUCUUCACUUUCCCAUUUCUUCAUAUUUUCGAUCAUUAUCCUUCAAAUUCAUCGAUUUGAAUAUACUUCUCUGUCGGAAUCGGAAGAGGUGUGAGGCAGAAAUUAGGGUUUUGUGUACCAUCUUCACUGCCUUCAAACUCUCUGGUUGCAGGGGUAAUCAAAGAAGUCGACUGCAGGUAUGGUUGAGAAAACGAAUGGAAGGAUGGAGGAAGUGGUCAGCUGAGAGUACACCAUCAAUGUACACAAGCGUUUGCAUGGCUGAUUGAAGUUUGUAUAAGAUUAGGGCUUGGGGACAAAAUAUAUUCAAUCAUUAUCGUUCAAAUUCAUCGAUUUUGAAAUACUUCUCUCCCGGAAUCGGAAGAGGUUAUGAUUUGGGUUUGGUAGUUCAGGGUUCCUUCCUUGUUCGCUUCACCAGCAUAAUUUCCGGCCAGCUUGAACCUGAGCUCUUGGUGAGAGACGAUGCUGUCGAAAGUUGAUUCGAAGAAGAUUGGGAACCGUUCGGGCAGUGAGAAGUUGUUGAAUGAGAUAGAAACCAUAAGCAAAGCUCUUUAUCUGAACAAAAAUCUAUCGAAGAAUUCAAAUCCUGUUGCCAAUGUUCGACAAAGAUCUACUGGGAAAACCAAUUUUCCUGAUCCCAAGUUGAAGCCAAAAAGCAGUAAUGAAGAUCCAACACGCAAGGAUAAGAAAUCUAUAUGGAGUUGGAAGACUUUGAAGGCAUUCUCCCAUGUUCGAAACCGCAGGUUUAAUUGUUGUUUCUCUCUCCAAGUUCACUCAAUCAAGGGGUUACCUUCUGACUUGAACGAUUUUAGUCUAAGUGUGUUCUGGAAGAGGCGGGAUGGCUUAUUGGUUACUCGCCCCAAGAAGGUUGUACAGGGAAAGGUAGAAUUUGAAGAGGAGUUGAACUGUACUUGUACAGUACAUGGUAGUGGGAAUGGACCCCAUCAUUCUGCAAAGUAUGAGGCCAAGCAUUUUUUACUCUAUGCUUCUGUAUAUGGUGCUUCAGAGGUUGAUUUGGGAAAGCAUCGGGUUGACCUCACAAGGUUGCUUCCCCUAACAUUGGAGGAGUUAGAAGAAGAAAAGAGCUCUGGAAAGUGGGCUACAAGUUUUAAAUUAUCUGGUAAGGCUAAAGGUGCCACCAUGAGUGUUAGUUUUGGAUACAUGGUAGUGGGUGAUAAUUUAACCGCCUCUGGAAAUCAGAUUGGCGAUUCCUUAAAGUCAAAGCAGAAUAAGUAUGAUAUUGGAAAAUCCGAGAUGUUGGUUGGUGAAUCUGGUGGUAGAAGCAGAAUACAGAGUACUGAGAGUAUUCCUGGAAAGAUGAACAAUAAUUCUCUCAUAUCAUCCCAGUCAGUAGAUGAUAUAAAGGAUCUUCAUGAAGUUUUACCAAUACCUAAGUUAGAACUUGCCAAGUCGGUAGAUUUAUUAUACAAAAAAUUUGAUGAUGGUAAGUUGGAGGCUUCAGCAGACAGCAACCCUGAGCUCAAUGUAAGUACUGAAUAUUGUCGUCCAAUGAAAUCCGAUUCUUACCCUUCUGCCCCUGAGAAUGAAAAUGCUGACGUUGAUUGUGGAACUGAGUUCUCAUUUGUUGAACGAGGGAUUGAAGUGCCAUUCAAGGAACAGGUGGAGAAAAUUGAAGUAGGGGUUGAAGUGUCAUCUGAGGAACAGGUGGAGAAAAUUGAUGUAAAAGAUGUUGAUUCCUCUUCAGAUGGACGCCCUGCAAUUGAAAAUGAAUUAUCGUUGGCUCAUGAAGAGGGUAGCAGGGUCGAUCAGCAGGAGGAGGAACAUGAUAGCUGCACUGAGGAGGUUUUUGCAUGCAAUAGUUCUUCCAAUGAUUAUGAUAUUUACACCAAAGAAUCAAUCCUGAAGGAGUUGGAAUCAGCCUUGAGUUGUGUGUCUGAACUGGAGUCAGCGGCAAUGGAGUCUCCCGAGGAAGAGCAGGUGAUCUCAGAAUUUAAGUCAAGUGAUGAACCAACUGGAAAGGGUAUGUCCCUUGAUUUGGAGGAUGAGUUUUUGGAAAGUGAUUUCUUACGUAUGUUGGGGCUUGAGCAAAGUCCAUCUGGUUUGAGUUCUGAAAGUGAGCCAGAGUCUCCAAGAGAGCGGCUGUUACGACAAUUUGAGGAAGAAGCUGUAGCUGGUGGUUAUUCCUUGUUCAAUUUUGAUAUUGAAGAUGAGAAUUAUCCGGCAUGUGGUUAUAAUUUUAAUGUAAGUUCUGAGUUUGGAGACAUGGUUGAUACAGCUUUUGAUAUGCCCUCAACCGUUGAUGCUAAUGAAGGCAUGUGCUUCAUAGAUGAUGAAGCAAGGAGGAGCAAGAUGAAAGCAAAGAUGUUGGAAGAUUUGGAGACAGAGGUUUUGAUGCACAAGUGGGGCUUGAAUGAGGAAGCCUUUCAGCAGUCACCAUCAAGCAGCUCUCAUGGGUUUGGAAGUCCAGUUGAUAUGCCUUGUGGAGAGCCGUUUGAAUUGCCUCCUCUUGGAGAAGGACUGGGUUCAUUUAUCCAGACAAAGAGCGGAGGUUUUUUGCGAUCUAUGAAUCCUGCAAUUUUUCAGAAUGCUAAGAGCGGCGGGAACUUGAUUAUGCAGGUUUCUACCCCCGUGGUAGUACCUGCCGAAAUGGGUUCAGGGAUAAUGGAAAUACUACAACGUCUGGCCUCAGUUGGAAUUGAAAAACUCUCUAUGCAAGCAAAUAAGUUGAUGCCUUUGGAAGAUAUAACUGGGAAAACAAUGCAACAAGUAGCGUGGGAAGCCAUUACUACUUUGGAGGGUUCUGAGAGGCAAGGUAUUCCUCAGAGCGAACCGGUGUUCAAGCAAGAUCCAUUUGAUAGAAGAAAAACUUCCAUGGGAAAAUCAUCCGGUUCUAGGCACGAAAAGUUUAGUUCAAACUCUAUGCGUGGUGAGCCUGAGACGGAAUAUGUAUCCUUAGAAGAUGUGGCUCCUCUAGCCUUGGACAAGAUUGAAGCACUUUCAAUGGAAGGGCUGAGGAUACAGUCAGGAAUGUCAGAGGACGAGGCACCUUCAAACAUCAGUGCACAGUCUAUAGGAGAAUUUUCAGCUCUUCGGGGCAAGGGAAUUGACAUUAGUGGGUCGCUUGGACUGGAAGGAACUGCUGGAUUGCAAUUGUUGGACAUAAAAGACAAUGGUGAUGAUGUUGAUGGAUUAAUGGGUCUUUCUCUCUCUCUCGAUGAAUGGAUGAGAUUGGAUUCUGGGGAACUUGAUGAUGAAGAAAUUAUCAGCGAACAUACUUCUAAAGUACUUGCUGCUCAUCAUGCUAAUUCAUUAGACUUCAUUCAUGGUGGCACGAAAGGAGGAAGGCGAGGGAAGAGUUCUAGCAGAAAGUGUGGUUUACUAGGCAACAACUUCACUGUGGCACUCAUGGUGCAACUCCGUGAUCCAUUGAGAAAUUAUGAACCAGUUGGUGCCCCAAUGCUUUCUCUUAUCCAGGUGGAGAGAGUGUUCAUCCCACCAAAACCCAAAAUCUACAACACGGUUUCGGAGGUACGAAACAACUACGACGAGGAGGACGAGAUUGUUGCAAGAAUAGAGAGAAAGGAAGAACCAGAGGAGAAAGCUUCUGAACAACAAGGCAUUCCUCAGUUCAGAAUCACGGAAGUUCAUGUUGCAGGUAUCAAAACUGAGCCCAAUAAGAAACUAUGGGGAACCUCUACAUCCAACCAACAGAAAUCUGGUUCACGAUGGUUGGUCGCCAAUGGCAUGGGAAAGAGCAAGAAACAUCCGUUUCUGAAGACAAAGGCUGCUGCUCCGAAGUCGUCGGCUCCCGAACUGUCGAAGGUGCAACCUCCUGGGGAUAGAGAGAAAGAUUCCUUGUGGAGCAUCUCAUCUGGGGCCAAGUGGAAAGCUUUCUCUGCACUAAAUCCACUUGUAAGGAACCCAAAUGUUGUAUUUCCUAAUGAAAAUUUCAGGUUAAGGUGAGUGGUGGGUGUAUUGCUUCCUAGCAAUUGGGCUGUUCAAUGUACAAAUAUCAUUAGUCCUUCAGGUGGAGUGUACUCAUCCAAGAGGUAACCCAUCAGUUCUAAGAACUAUGAGAAGAAUCUGUAUUGAUCUAUAAAUACACACAAAUUAUGAGAUUGAGUGGUUUUCUUCUGUAAUUUAUCAUUUUGGAUGUGAGUAAUUUUUUUUUUAGUGCAA